AUGAGUCAUGACGACGACAAGACCCUAAGCUGGGGGAAUUUCCUGGACAAGAUAUUAGACAAAGUCCAUGCAAAAGUAGUCUCAUCAAGACAGGGGACGACGGAUUCGCAUACGUGGACCAAGCAGGAAUGGAGUAGGGCCAUUGGAGGAAAGGAAUACCUAGAUUCCCCCCUGGACCAAUUUCCUUUCGGUAAGAGAAUGUUAUUCGUGAUAAUGUGUAUAGUAACAGGAUUAAGUGAGGGGAAAGACAAAGAAGGCACCCUAUUUAUCGACAGAGCAAGAGGGUGUUAUGGCGUGGAUGCGGGUCUGGAGUUCACCGUCGAUGAAUGGAAGCGGUGGAUAACGAGUCAGACAGAGCGAAGCCAGAGCAAACAUGCACUGUGUUCUAGAAAUGGUGGAACUGACGGUUGUCAGGAGGCCUCCAUAGCCUUAAUAUUGAGUAUUUACCAGGCACUGAAAGAGUUCUGCCCGCAAUGUGGCCCAUAUAGGUUGAGUUAUUGGAUAAAGGAACAAGAAGGAAAACUACAAUCAGAGCAGAAAGAGUAUUGUUAUUUUGAACAACAGAAUGAGAUUUGUAGUAAUUCCGUCCCAGAUAAAACUCCCAGCCCAGUCUUGAUCACCAAACAGGGAAAAUUCGGGGUACUAGAUAGACCAGAAGUCCAUCAAGUCGCCCAAAAGUUAAGGGGAACACAUCUUGCCCCUCCAACGACUCCUGAGAAUGUAGUUCUCUUACGAUCAAAUUCUGCGGGCUUGAUUCAUAAAGGAGAAACAAGCGACGACUCUGAGGACGGUGAAAAAUCUUGCCAGGAAGGAUUCUCCGAGCAACUUCCCAAGUCAUCCGAGCAACAAACGCCGUCCGAGUCUUCGGGAUUAGAAAACCACCCCAAAAGUCUAGUUGAGGAAACAAACAAGCCAGAGGGAACCCAAGAAGAUCAACUUAAGAACUCCGUGUCAACUCAGGAAGCAGUGGACGGGUUGUUGAACGGGGGCUCAACAGGGGAUGAGGGUGAUAUGGACGAUCACACUGGUUCCCGUUCCGAGGCUUCGCCGGGGGGGGUAGUCAAGGCCUCGGCAUUGGGCGAGUUCCUAUGGAGUUUAUUGGGGCAUUGGCAAUUAAUAGCGGGAGCAGUGGUUGUAAUAUGUCUAAUAAUGAGCAGUGCUUAUGGUUUAUGGAGGAUCUUUAGAAAGCAAUGGACGAAGAACAAGGACGGGAUCCGUCCAGAAGGCAGGGGAAAGUAUGGAGUGGGUUAUGGGGGGGGCAGAUAUCAGGGAUAA